AAUGUCGUCACUGCUACCGCCGCACUGCUCGCUAGCUCGUCCCCGCCCCCCACCUGCCUCCACCGGAUGGCUGCCCGCCGCCCCGUCGCAUCCACGCGCACCCCCCGCCUCCCUCUCCGCCGCUCCCUCCGCUCCUCAUUGCGCCACCGCGCAUCCCCAUUCCCCCCAUCGCGCCGCAAUCAGAUCCGCUCCCGACUCCCCCGUUUCCCCCUCGGCUCGGCGCGCUGCGAGCGCGAGCGCGGCCGUUGGCGUCCAUUCGCCGCGCCCCUCGGCGGCGGCACGCCGUGCCGUUGCCGCCAGUGCUGCGGAUGGCGCUGACGUGGCAGGGCGGCUGGGCGCGGAGGAGCGCGAGGCGGUGGGCAGUGCUGACGUGGCGAUCAUAACGAACGGGCCGGGCGAGGUGGCGGCGUGGGUGGCGCCCGUCGCGGCGGCGCUCGCCCGCCUGUUCGGCGACGACCCCCGCCGCCUCCGCGUCUCCGUGCUGCUGGCGCCGUGCCCCCACGCGUCGGGCAACGAGCUGGCCGUGCUGCAGGCCAUGCCGCACGUGCACCGAUGCACGGGCCCAGGCGACUUCCUCCACAUGCUGCUCUUUGCGCGCCCUGCUGCUGCCGCCGCGCCUCACCGCAGGGGCGGGGAGAGGGGGGCGGGGGGAGCCAGCGAGGGGAGAGCAGGCGACCAGCGGCAACAGGGGGAGGGGGACGGGGACGGGGAUAGUGAGUGGGAGGGGGAGGCGGAGUGGGGGUGGCGGCGGCGGGGCGUGGUGGUGUUUCUUGGCGGCGAGCAGGUGAACGCCGUGUUGCUGGCUUGGCGCCUGGGCUACCGCUGCCUCGUGUAUGCCGAGGACGCCGCCCGCUGGCCCUGGCUGGUGGACAUGUCGGCGCUACGCUCGCCCCUGCUGCUGCCUGCCAUCCCGCCCUCCCUGCUGGCAGCGGGCCGUGCCCGCGUGGUGGGGGACCUCUUCCUGGCCGCCGUGGGGCAGGGGGGGGACGGGCGGAGAGGGGAAGAGGGGCGGGGGAGCGGAGGAGAGGGAGAGGGCGAGGAGGGUGAGGUGGUGGUGGGGCUGCUGCCGGGAAGCAAGGUGAGGCCCCGCUGCCAUGCCUCACAACCCUGCUGCCAUGCCUCACAACCCCUCUGCCAUGCGCCACCCUCAACCGUGAGCCCAAGCCGUGUGUGGUGGUGGCAGGAUGUGAAGCUCAUGAUCGGCGUGCCCUUCUUCCUCGCCGUCGCACACGCGCUCAAGCUCAGCCUGGGUGCUCGCGUGCGCUUCAUCCUGCCGCUCGCCCCCACGGUGCCCCCCGCCUCCCUCGCGCGCUUUGCUUCGGCGCGCCUCAACCCGCUCAUCGCACGCCACGCCUGGCUGCCGGGCCGCCUGCACCUGCACGGCGCGCAGGGGGCAGGGGGGGACGGGGGGCGCGCUGCGCCGGGGGGAGGAGAGGGGCACGGGUGGGAGUAUGUGGGCAGGCUGGUUAGUGGGGAGGAGGGGAGAGAGGGGGGAGAAGGGGAAGGGGAUGAGGGAGAGGAGUGGCAGGGGGGAGAGAAGAGGGUGAUGGGGGGCGAGGGAGUGGAGGUGGAGGUAUGGAGGGCGUUUCCCUCGUACACUCUGCUCUCACAGUGCUCCCUCGCUCUCACCACUGUGGGCACCAACACUGCUGAGCUGGCAGCACUGGGAGUGCCCAUGGUGGUGGUGCUGCCCACACAGUCGCUGGAGCUGUUCCAAGGGGCAUCAGGUGGCGUGCUGGGGCUGCUACCGUCGCUGCUCCCUGCCGCCCCCGCUGCCGCCCUCACCCGCUUCCUCAACGCCGCGCUGCUGCGCUCGCUGCCCUUCCUCUCCUGGCCCAACCGGUGGGCGGGGCGGCAGGUGGUGCCGGAGGUGGUGGGGGAGGUGAGGCCGGGGGAGGUGGCAGCUGUGGCAGCAGAGCUGCUGGGGCAGGCGGCAGCGCUGGAGGGGAUGAGGCGCGAGCUGAGGCAGGUGACGUGGGAGUAUGGCGGGGGGAGGCACGGCGCUGGGGGCGGUGGAGAAGGGGAGGAGGGGGGGGAUGCAGCUGAUGCCAUUGCGCACGAGGUGCUCAAGCUGCUAAGGUUGUGACACAUGGCCGGGUCGACGACUUGUGUGGAGUGGAGUGAAUUCAUAGGCAGAGCAAUCAACCGGCGGAGCAUGAGCAUCCCAACGCAAGCCUUCUUGCGCUGCUGCCCUUCACUUUGUUUGUUGCAUGGACUUCAGAAGUGCGGCAGCUGGACGGGCAUGCGCGGGCCCAUUGAGAAUGAACAAAAAUAUCCAAUAAUGCCUGGAAACAACGUUCUAUCGAUAAGAAAGGAUCUACAGAAUGUUGAUUGUACUGUUAAAUUCGAAAGUUUCU